AUUAUGAUGAUACUUCCAUGAGUAGAUUAAUAGAUGUAUUAUUUUAUUAAGCUAGAUAAUAUAAAAAUUGAUAAAACUUACAUCGAAUGGUUGCGGAUUAUCGGUCAGUAGAUUAUGAGAACCAAAUACCUCCGGGUCCCGAUAAUCAAUAGGACAAUUGUAAGAGAGAUAGCGGAUUUGUGCAAAGGAGAAGAAAGGAAAGGCAUAGUGAUAGGAGCCUACGACGCAUGUGGUGCUCCUCCCGGCGAGUUCAAACUGACAGCUACGGGCGGUAAAGUUGAUCAAGAAUGUGGCAGCAGGAUAACUUCAGUACUGAAAGGAUCAAAUUUGAGACAAGGAGGAGUCCAAAUUAUUUCCGACCUCUCUACAGAGUACAAUGCUUUGGCAGUAGCGGGUCUGGGUCCUGAGGACGCAGGGUAUAAUGAAGCAGAAUGCCUCGAAGAAUGCAAAGAGAACAUUAGGAUCGCCGCUGGUGUGGGAGCUAGGGCCCUCCAGGAUCAGAACAUAGGAGUGAUAAUGGUGGAAGGGUUCUCAUGCAGCGAAGCGGCUGCAGAAGGUGCUGCUCUUGCUGUGUGGCAGUACCAGGACCUCAAGGAUAAAGUUAAUUGGGCUCAGGAGUCGUGUCUAGAACUCUACGACGAUCCUGAUAGGGACGGGUGGAACAGCGGUAUGGAAAAAUCAGCAGCACAGAAUCUUGCUCGUAAGCUGGAAGAAACACCUGCAAAUAUCAUGACUCCCUCCAAUUUCGCUAAGUCAGCAUUGGAUGCCUUAUGCCCUUGUGGGGUUCACGUAGAUAUCAGGGACAGGGAAUGGAUAGAGUCGAAGAAGUUGAACGGAUUCCUGAGCAUUGCACGGGGUUCCUGCGAAGCUCCACUUUUCCUGGACAUCGCAUACUGCGGCGGAGGAGAAGGGGACAAACCCGUGGUACUAGUUGGAAAAGGAGUGACCUUCGACAGUGGAGGAGUGUGUCUCAACCAAUGCGGGCAUAUGUUCGAGAUAGGCAGCGCGGACAUGGCAGGCGCUGCUGUUGUUAUAGCGGUCGUGAAAGGCCUGGCUACCCUAGGAAUCCCCAUCAAUAUCAACGCCAUAAUUCCUCUUUGCGAGAACAUGCCGGGCGGAAUGGCAAUGAAGCCAGGAGACGUGAUAAUGUCGCACUGCGGCAAGUCCGUGCUCAUCGAGAGAUCAGACCACGAGGGAAGGAUCAUCCUGGCAGACGCCCUGUCUUUCUCCGCCGUCUACAAUCCCUGCCUCGUUUUCAACAUCGCAACACUCAGCCGAGGGAUGAAGAUAGCUCUAGGGAACCCUGCCACCGGUGUCUUCAGCACUUCCAACUCUGUUUGGGUGGAGCUUGUUCGGGCUGCAGCUGAGACUGGGGACAGGGUCUGGAGGUUUCCCUUCUGGAAGGCUUAUUCCCGGCAUAUGACAAAUCACAGAUCUGUAGAUGUGACCAACACAGCGCUUUACCCAGGAGGAGAUCCUUGCACUGCUGCAGCAUUUCUUAGGGAGUUCGUACCUCCUUGCGUAGACUUCGUCCACUCGGACAUCGCCGGGACAGGUACCGUCCAUGUUGGGGAGUGCUGUCCUUACAUGCGCCAGGGACUGAUGACUGGUAGACCCACCAGGACGAUCAUCCAGUUCCUCUACCAGAUGAGCUGUCCAAACGACAAAGCGGUGCCCUGCUGAACGGAACGCCCGCAGCCUUAAUGGGAAUACUCAACAUCCCUAACAAGGCGAAGAAGUUGGAAAAGUUAGAAGAAAAGUGAAAAUAAAGUACUUUUAUA